AUGCCUUUCGUCAUCGGCUGUGCCGACGCCGUUGCGGAGACGUGGACUCUGGAGGAUCAGCUGAAGCUGUUGCAGCCCGGGAGUUACCCCUCCUUCGCCGACAAACCAGAGCUGCAGAAGGAGGUCGUCAAGCUGUCCGGCUACUCUCGCUUCACCCACUCGGCAAUCGGCCAGCUCAAGGCACACUCCUUCAUGGCCCAAGACAAUGUGACGGCCGACAAGAAGGUGGCCGAAGAAACGUGCGAGAACCUCACUGACGAGCUCGUCAGGGAGCGUGUGAAGAACAGCACCUGGGUCUUAUCCAGUGGCAACUCGCUCUCCCCGCGCCUUGCCGAGGUCUGCCAGUCCAUGCAGUCGGCUUUCCAGCUUCCCUUCGUCACCCUGAACGUGUACAUCUCGCACCUGGAUGCGCCCGUCACUGCACCGCUGCAUACGGAUCGCUUUGACUCCUUCAUCAUGCAGACGGAGGGGUUCAAGCGCUGGCGAAUCUUCGGGACCAGCAACUCGGUACCUGCGUGGCCGGUCUUGGAUUCCGGGAUGACAGACAGGGGGAAGGCCGGGGAUGUCCUCUACCUGGAGCAGGUUGGUGACAUGCUGAUCGACGAGACUCUCGCACCAGGUGAUGUUUUGUACCUUCCUCGAGGUUUCCCUCAU